UGCUAUGGGAUCCACCGCCCCUAUAAAUAACCGAGGAAAGGAACUUUCCUAAGUCAGAGACUUUAGGACGCGGAGACCCAGAACCAGAUGGUCCGGAGGAGACGCGCCAGCUCCCGCCGCAGCAGCCGGAGCGGUGAAGCCCCGCCGCGCCGCAGGGACUGAUCCGGCCCGGGUGGGCAGCGCAGCCGGGGGCCGUGCCCAGCGCCAGAGACCGCGGCAGGGUCCGGACCCCCCCACCAUCACCACCCCGACGGCGGCGGCAGCUCGAUCCUCUGCCGGGGGGCCCCCCCCUGCGUCCUCUUCUCCUCCCCGCAUCCCCCUUUGCUUUCAUGCAACGCCUGGUGGCCUGGGACGCAGCAUGCCUCCCCAUCCAGCCGCCCGCCUUUAAAUCCAUGGAAGUGGCCAAUUUCUAUUACGAGGCGGACUGUCUGGCUGCUCUCAACAAGCUGCACCCGCGGGCGGCCGGGGGCCGCUCCAUGACCGAGCUGACCGUAGGGGACCACGAGAGAGCCAUCGACUUCAGCCCCUACCUGGAGCCUUUAGCAUCCCAGCAGCCGGCGCAGCCGCCGCCUCCCGCGGCAGCGGCAGCAGCAGGGGGCAACUUUGAGCCUCCGUGCAGCAGCGGCGGCGGCCAAGAUUUCCUUUCCGACCUCUUCGCCGAGGACUAUAAAGGCAGCGGCGGGAGCAAGAAGCCCGACUACACCUACAUCAGCCUCACCCGGCACAGCCACCCGUGCGCCAGCCAGAGCCACAAGCCGGGGGGGCUGCCGGGCUGCUUCCCGCCCCAGAUCGUGGAAACCAAGGUGGAGCCGGUCUUCGAGACCCUGGACUCUUGCAAAGGGCCCCGCAAGGAAGAAGGGGGAGCCGGGCCGGGACCGGGGGGCAUGUCCUCACCCUACGGCAGCACGGUGCGCUCCUACCUGGGUUACCAGUCGGUGCCGAGCGGCAGCAGCGGGAACCUGUCCACCUCGUCCUCCUCCAGCCCCCCUGGCACCCCCAACCCCUCCGAGUCCUCCAAGUCCGCCGCCGGCGGCGGGGGCUACUCCGCCGCCCCGGCGGGCAAGAACAAGCCCAAGAAGUGCGUGGACAAGCACAGCGACGAGUACAAGCUCCGCCGGGAGAGGAACAACAUCGCGGUGCGCAAGAGCCGCGACAAAGCGAAAAUGCGCAACCUGGAGACGCAGCACAAAGUCUUGGAACUGACGGCCGAGAACGAGCGGCUGCAGAAGAAGGUGGAGCAGCUCUCCCGGGAGCUGAGCACCCUCAGGAACUUGUUCAAACAGCUGCCCGAGCCCCUGCUCGCCUCCUCGCCUCGCUGCUGACCCCCGGCCGGGCGGCGGGGCGAGCGGAGCCUGCGGCUCCUGGCCCGGCUCAGCGCCACUGGGGGGCCGGGGCAGGGCUCGAGGGGCGGGGGGGUGGGUUGGUUUUAAGGGUUUUGUUGUCGUUGUUUUGUUGUUGUUGGUCUUUAUUUACAUGUUGGCGGAAGGUGCCGGGCCCUGGCCGGGGGCUGUCAGCGGGGCGGCGCGGUGGGGCGCGGUGGGGCCGGCGGCCCCGGCCCCGGGCGGGCUCUGCAGGCUGCGGGGCGCGGGGGUUAUUUAAAAGAGCGAGAGGAGAGCAAGGGCAAAGUGAUGCAAUCCUUUAAGCAUGGCUGGGAAUGCUGUGUACAUGAUGCAAUCUCGUGUAACUGUCAGUCAUGAAUUGAGUAAUCUGUUAAAGAUGUUCCUACAGUUUUUUUAUUAUAAAGAAUAAUCUAUUUCUAUAAGAAAAUACAUAUGUAUAUUUUGGGAUCUAUGCAGUCUUGCUACGUUUGAAGCAUUAAUGAACGAUUUUAAUAAACUUUACGACUAGGUUAAAAAAAGUAGCUUGUUUGAUUUUGAAGGCACCUUUAAAGAUAGAUAAAUGCAGGGUUGAGAUUCUGCCUGGAUCUGGCUCAAUGCUGUGAUGAGGGAUCAGGAUUUUUGUUGGUCUUUUGGCUUUCUCUGUGACUCAGAGAAAGGAAAAAGAAAAAAAAACCCAAACCCAAAAAACAAAACCCUCAAACCCCAAGAGAAACCCAAAAAGAGCAGAGCUGGAAGCUUCAGCCAGUUCUUGUUGCCUCAUUUUAUUUCCUCUAAUCACUUGCUUUUGCUGCCGCUUGGGUGUUGUUUGGGGAGGAGGUGUUUGUGUUGGUUUUUUUUCCACUUCUUGCUGUUCUGAACGUGCAGAGCAAGAUGUGCUAUCCAAGCCAUGACUGCUCUUUGGCAAAGUAAUGCCAAGUCUGAUGUGGGGGGGAAAGAAAAAGUAAAGGAGGAAGCUUAAAAUGAGGUUUGAUUUUUUUCUUUUGUUGUUCUUUACAGAGUUUCUAUUCUCUAAGUUAUGAUUCAGCAUUUCUUAUGUUUGUAGUUUUACAGGAAUAAACAUGUGAAAGUA